UCCCCUAAAUUUUUGCCUUCUUUUCUUUGAUCUGUUUGUUGUUAUAAAACCUUUGGUUUUUUCAAAAUUUAAGAAAAAAAAUAUCUAGGGUUUAUCUUUUCUUUUAAAAAUUUCCGGGAAAAAGUAGAGGAAAGAAGAAAAUUUCCAGAUGGGUAGAGGGAAAAUUGAAAUAAAAAAGAUUGAAAAUUUGAAUAGCAGGCAAGUGACGUUUUCAAAGAGGCGAAAUGGGUUGUUGAAGAAAGCUAAAGAAUUGUCCAUUUUAUGUGAUGCAGAGGUUGGGGUUAUUAUUUUUUCAAGCACCGGCAAGGUCUACCAAUGGUCCAGCACUAGCAUGGAACACACUCUUUCAAGGUACAACAAAGGAAUGGAAGAAGAUCAUUCUCAAGAACACCCUUUUGAUGAGCAACAAGUUGAGCAGUUGCAAGGAAUUGAGGUGAACACCAUGAAACAGGAGUAUUUAAGGCUACACACAGCAUACAUGAGGCUUAAUGGAAAAGAACUAGAUGAUUUGAGUUUCAAAGAAUUAAAACAGCUGGAGAAUCAAUUAAACGAAGGCAUAGCAUCAGUUGAGCAACAAAAGGAGCAAAUUCUAAUGGAGCAGCUUAAAAGAUCUCGAUUACAGGAACAGAAGACUAUAAUGGAGAAUGAAGAUCUACGCAAACAGGUUGAGGAAAUGAGACAAAAAAGGAGCUCGAGUAUAAUAGAAUUGAAUCCAUUGCUGGAAAGAAGACUUGAUCAUUCACCAAAUAAUUCAAAGGCUGAUGAUAAUAAUAGUGCAUCAGAUGAUGACAACCAUCUCUCAGACACUUCCUUGCACUUAGGGUAUGUAUGUAUGCAUGUUUCAUUUCAUGGUUUCUUUUGGUCAAAUUUCACUAUUACUCCUUAUAUUACGCGUAAGUUGUUAACGUCAAACGUCAGACGUAAAAGAAAAGCAACAGAGAUUGAAUCCACGACCAAUGAUUCAGGAAGCCAAGUGGCUUCAGAGUGA